UUUCGGUGAGGAGAGGGGCGGAGCUAAGGCCGCUCAGUCAGGACUUAUCUCUCGGGUUGUAGCGGCCGGCGUAAGAGCAGCGGUGGCUCUGCGGAGUCCAGCCUCUGUCCCGCGACUGACAGCCGGCUGUUCCGGCCAGGGCGGAGAGGUCAUAGCUGGGAAUGUAUGACAACAUGUCCACAAUGGUGUAUCUAAAGGAAGACAAGUUGGAGAAGCUCACUCAAGAUGAAAUUAUUUCUAAGACUAAACAAGUGAUCCAAGGACUAGAAGCACUGAAGAAUGAGCACAAUUCCAUCUUACAGAGUUUACUGGAGACACUGAAAUGCUUGAAGAAAGAUGAUGAGACCAAUUUGGUGGAAGAAAAAUCAAAUAUGAUUCGCAAGUCUUUGGAAAUGCUAGAACUGGGACUCAGUGAAGCACAGGUAAUGAUGGCAUUGUCAAAUCACUUAAAUGCAGUGGAAUCAGAGAAGCAGAAACUACGUGCUCAGGUUCGCAGGCUAUGCCAAGAAAAUCAGUGGCUAAGGGAUGAGCUAGCCAAUACUCAGCAGAAAUUACAAAAGAGUGAACAGUCUGUGGCUCAGCUGGAGGAAGAGAAGAAGCACUUAGAAUUCAUGAAUCAGUUAAAAAAAUACGAUGAUGAUAUAUCACCUUCAGAGGAUAAAGACACAGAUUCUACCAAAGAACCACUGGAUGAUUUAUUCCCCAAUGAUGAAGAUGACCAGGGGCAAGGAAUUCAACAGCCACAUAGCAGUGCAGCAGCAGCUGCCCAACAGGGUGGCUAUGAGAUUCCAGCAAGAUUAAGGACCCUUCAUAAUCUUGUCAUUCAGUACGCUUCCCAAGGUAGAUAUGAGGUUGCUGUACCCCUCUGUAAACAAGCACUUGAGGAUCUGGAGAAGACUUCAGGUCACGAUCACCCUGAUGUUGCCACUAUGUUGAACAUACUGGCAUUGGUAUACAGGGACCAGAAUAAAUACAAAGAUGCAGCAAACUUACUUAAUGAUGCCUUGGCUAUUCGUGAAAAGACCCUGGGCAAAGAUCAUCCAGCGGUUGCAGCAACUUUAAAUAACCUUGCAGUGCUUUAUGGGAAAAGAGGAAAAUACAAGGAAGCUGAGCCUUUAUGCAAGAGAGCUUUGGAAAUCAGAGAGAAGGUACUGGGAAAAGAUCAUCCUGAUGUUGCCAAACAGUUGAAUAACCUGGCCUUGCUAUGUCAGAACCAGGGUAAAUAUGAAGAAGUGGAAUACUACUAUCAGCGGGCGCUUGAGAUCUACCAAACUAAACUGGGGCCGGAUGAUCCAAAUGUAGCAAAGACAAAGAAUAAUUUGGCCUCCUGCUACCUGAAACAAGGGAAAUUUAAGCAAGCAGAAACUUUAUACAAAGAGAUCCUUACUCGUGCCCAUGAAAGGGAAUUUGGCUCUGUGGAUGAUGAAAACAAACCCAUUUGGAUGCAUGCUGAAGAGAGAGAAGAAUGCAAAGGAAAGCAAAAAGAUGGCACAACUUUUGGUGAAUAUGGCGGCUGGUACAAAGCUUGCAAGGUUGAUAGUCCAACAGUCACAACUACCUUAAAGAAUCUUGGGGCACUUUACAGACGCCAAGGCAAGUUUGAAGCUGCUGAAACAUUAGAAGAGGCAGCAAUGAGGUCCCGUAAACAGGGGCUUGACAAUGUUCACAAACAGAGAGUUGCUGAAGUGCUUAAUGACCCAGAAAGUAUAGAGAGACGGCGAAGCCGCGAGAGCCUCAAUGUUGACGUGGUAAAGUAUGAGAGUGGCCCUGAUGGAGGAGAGGAAGUGAGUAUGAGCGUAGAAUGGAAUGGGGAUGGCACUGGAUCUCUAAAACGCAGUGGUUCCUUUAGCAAACUUCGUGCUUCAAUUAGACGCAGCAGUGAGAAGCUGGUUAGAAAGCUGAAGGGAGGAAGUUCACGAGAGAGUGAACCAAAGAAUCCUGGCAUGAAGCGUGCCAGCUCACUGAAUGUUCUUAACAUGGGUGGCAAGGCAACUGAAGAUCACUUUCAAGGACGAACUAAUUGUCUGACAGACUCAAGAGCUCUGAGUGCCAGUCACACUGAUUUGGCCCACUGAGGUUCUGGGACAGAUGCUAGCUAAAAAAAAUUCCCUUGUGAAUUACGAAGCACUGAGGUUUACAAUUUUUGGGUCCCCCAUCACUCCUCUUUCUAGAACCGUCUAGGUUAGAGACGUCGUUGAAUGGACUGCUGUUCCUAGGCCUUCUGAAAAUAAGUGGCAUUUUAAAGAGUUGGAGACUAGCUUCUUUGUGAGACGUACAGAGAUUGUUGCAUCACCGCUAGUUAUAUGGAAUUGUGUUACAGAUCCCCAUAAUGCAGAAUCCAAAAGCAAGUGGGUAGGGGGACAUCCACGAAGUAGAAAAUGUACUGAAAUGUAAAAGAGUGCAAGAGCAUCUUUGGGCAUGCUGUUUUAAAAGCUGUUACAAAGAGGGUAUGUUAGUAACUAUUUAUAAAGUUGGUGGAAUGAGAUAGAUCUACAUUAAGUUUAUUACUGUAUAAAACCAGGAUUGUGUACAGUUAAAGGCUUACAUUGUUGGCUAUCAGAAUUUGCACAGAGCUUGUCUGACUAGUGACUGGGCUUCACGGUUUUUAUAACCUAUAAAGCAAGAUGCUAAUACACUAGAAUGGAGCAGCUUAGGCACCACUUCAGAGCAUAGCACUUGAUGGCUGAUCUCUUCUUGCCCUCUUGGGCCUAAAAAUCAAUGGCAGCAGUGCAAUUAACUUUAAACUGGGAGGGAGGAACUCAAAGAAUAGGCUUAAAAGCCAGCCAGCUUUUAAGUCUCUUUCCUUUUGUCAGUCACCCAGAGCACUCCAUCUGCUCUUCAGGCUGGAAAUACUGUUACAAUUAUCUCUUGAAUUUCAACUUCUGUCUCUGUUCAGAGUGGGAACAGGAGAAAAAUAAAGUAUGCUGGACUCUAGUUGCUGUGUCAAAGUGAAAUGUGGUUAUUGGCAGGCUGUUUGUUUCUUAAUCAUCCAUUUGCUUAGUAUACACUUGGUUGAUGCACUGUCUAUUCUCAGGGGACUAAGUGGGUGGAAGGUAAAUGUUUCAGCAUUUGGGUUUACAGCCGAUAUUCUAAUGAAAUAUAUGUAAUUUUCAACUCUGUCCAUUUUGCCAAGCUGUUACUGGCAAACAGGAUGGAGAAUGUGUAUGUCAGGUUAUACAGUAGAAAAAAUUAACUCUCUGGUCUGUAGGAAUAAUAAAACAAUUUUAAUGUUGUCCUCAUACCUUAUGAAGAGGAAAGUAAACAUUUUAUUAAAUUGGGCUGUAGAGAUUGGAUAGCACUAAAAGUGCUUACCUAUUUUUGAAGAGCAAGAUACUUCAAUUGUAUACAAGAGUGCAUCUGAUAAGUUUUGUGUGUUGACAUAUAUCAGUUGAAUCUUGAAAUGACAAUAGCUGUGUGGUAAUUCUCUGGGACCAGUGUUGUUAAAUGGGUAGAGCUUUUGGCAGAGUACUGUCGGCUGUUUGUGAAUUUAGGAAAAUUUUACUUCCUUAUUCAUAAUGGAGAUUCUUAUGUACUCAAUCAUCUUUUGUUAAACUCUGAAAUUCUGCAUAUACUCUAAACUGGCUUUGGAAAGUUGGUGGAAUGAAAGAAACAAACAUUUCAAAGUGAGAGAAUAAGAUACACCCUAAGUUGCAAGUAAGCCUUGGGAUGAUCAAAUAUAACAAACAUGGAGUAUUAAUUUCCCCAUACUUUCCCUUGAUGAUGAGCAUCAUCAGACGAGUGUUUUAUCAUACGGUUGUUACUCCUCAUGUACGGAUGUUUGCGGGUCCUUUUGAUGACGUCUUCCUCCUCCCAUGCAUCUCCUGCUCCUUCUUGUCUUCUUUCCAUCACAAAACAGACCCCUUUAAAUCCGUUAUUUUUUAAAAACGGAAUGUGCCACGAUUUCCUGCUGUGUGCAUGAAAAGCGGUGUGAUAAAAACAGCCGCUGAAUGAGCCAUGUAGUCACUGUUAACUUCCUCUUUCUUCUCCCGUGUGAAGAAAGAGAAAGUGUUGUGGGACAGAAGCAGGGGGAAAGCGAUGGUAAGGAAACACGAUUUCUCCCCCCCAUAUGAUGAUGCUCAGUGUCUUAGCAGUUCUGCCACAAUCACUUCCUGGCCAUCCAUUUUUUCCUCUAGCCGAGACCUUUAGUCCUUUUAUGGCAGUGGUAGAAAUUUCACAUACCUGAAAUACCUUGUAGAGAUAUAAAGAAAACUCUGGGAAAAAAUGCUGUUAAUGACCUGGGUGUGACAGUGACAUAGAUUCUGAUUAGAAUUUCACACUAUAUCCAGGUGCUAAACUGGAUAUUUUAUUGAUGACUAGUAAAUAUGCAGUACUAAACAUAUUUUAGAAAGUAGGACUGUAUAAACGCUACAAAAUAGUCUAUCCUGUAUUUGCAAAUGGGUAUGUAAUGGAGGAAUGGAGAAAACCUUUCAUCAGGCUUUCCACCUGCUUAUCUCUUUAUUCCUCACCAGUUAAUUGAUUUUUUUAAAAAAACUAGGAGACGGAGAUGCAGUGACAUAGUUUCAGGUGAAAUACUUAAGGAGACUUGUCUGUGCUUGUUAACAUAGUUGGGAAUUAUAAUGUCCCACAUCUUUAGAUGCCCUGUUGUUUUCAAAUGGAAUAUUCACACUGUAUCUUUUAAAUUACUGUAGGGUUAUAGUUGAUAAACUUGCCAUACACCUUAAGAACUAAAUAAGCUUGGUGAAUUGUAAAUCUCUGUGCUAGCCACAGAAGGGUGUAUUUGGAAAUCUCAGUGCCUUCUAUUUUGAUCCCAUAGAUAUGCCAAGCAUAACAAAAAUCACCGUGGGCUGUAGAAGGAAGUUCCAUUCGGGUAGGUUGCAGUUUUGAAAAUAUUCCUAUCUUAUCUCAAGCAUACAAGACUGCACAAAUGGCUUAUAAAGAAAUUUGCUCCAGGAUGGCAAAAACUUCCUUUUAGGAUGAUCUGUAGGAAACACGCUGUAGUGCUGUGCAACAGCUUUGCUUAAUGUAGGACUGGAUAGCUUUGCAAAUACACCUGCGAAUGACGGGUGGAGAGUUUUUCUGCUUGAUCACCUAAAGGCAGCUUACUCACCGCAGGCUACUAGGUGAGUGGAUAUUUACAAAGCCGGAGGAUGGCUCCUGCUGCUUUGUGGACAGCUUACUACAGGUCAGCUUGGUAAACCAUCAUACUAAGCUAAUGAUUUCAAUGCGUCAUGGUUACCUUGCACCCUAUUUGCAGCAUAGUGUUCUAGUAAGAGCAGGCAUUGGUUUUUUAGCAUUCCACAUUACUUUAAUCCAUGAUACAUGUUCUAAAAGAAAUAGACUCCCGAUCAGCAUUUUCAUUUGUACAAGUGGCCAUAGUUGGAACAUUACUAUGCCGUCUCCCAAACACUCCAUUCACGUCACUUGUGCAACUGCGGUACAUACAUGGUGGUCUGUGAUUACGAACAGAGACGGAACCAAGGAAAUAAAGACACGGACACCAGAGCUUUGGGAUAAACUAGGGCCUCUUUAUUAAUAAGGGAAAUUCACCCCUCCCUGGAUCUGCGUGUGAAAGUGCGGGAAUUUAUUAGGUCCUUCGCUCAGGCAACUGGCCUGCCAUUUAUGGGUGAGCCACUCUGCUAAGCCAGGAAUCAGGUCAAACCGGCCCCUUUCUUAGGCUACACUCCAAGUGUGGGGAGACCUCCCUGCACGCCCGGUGCCACAGAUGAGACAGGAAGGUCCCCAGAGGCACACCGUGUCCUGGCAUGAGGGCCGCACAACCCUUGAGGAGCAGGCCUCAAUCACCAUAAAGGUGCCAGAGUGCUCACCAAUCCCCAUCCCAUCUCCUAAAAUUCCUGCAUGACCCUGCCCCCAAACCAAUUGACCUAUUUACCCAUCCUCCACUAAGAUUUAAUUCCAAUAUGGAGGAGUGGGUGAGAAACCUGUACACAAAAUGCCAAUUGGUGGCAGGCAAAAUUCCUACUCAGCCCCACUCCAAAGGGAGCACUAGCUAAUCCCAUAAUGGUUUAUAAGGGAGGGAGGAUGGUAGCCGAAAAGGCCAGAGAUUCCACGAGGCCAGCCUUUAUAGGCACAGCACCAGGGUUGUGUCUUGCACUACACGUGUGCCAGCCCACGUGCAGCAUCUAUCCGGGUCCUUCCCAUCUGCAAAUACACUCCCACCCCAGCCAUGCAGGAAACGUGCUUCUUGCCCAUCUGCAGAAGGUUUCCGUAAGAGGCCAUAGAACUUUGUCAGUUGCAAAAGCAGCCUUGAGCGACAACCUUCAUAGUUUCACCUGAACUCCAAAACAUGAUUGCUUUUCUCUCUCUGGUGGGCUUCUUCAUUUGAUAGCCUUCAUUUAUAUUAUGUUAAAUCAUGUCCCCUAGAAUGUUGAAUUACUAUUCCUAAUGAGAAUAAUGGGAGAAAUCCACUAACAGAAUAGCAUGUCAGAAAAAAAUGGAUCCCCCCAUCCCUUUCAAGCCCCCUGUGCCACCCAGAACCUGGAGGAUUGGGGGCUCCUCUAGAGCAAAUUUGGGGUGCAUGGAAGGCUACAGGUGAAGGAAGGAAGGAGAAAUUCUUUUGUUAGUGGAAUUCCUGUCAUGCAAUGCUGGAUUCUGCCCAUUACUUUUAAGCUUAAUGUAUGUUUCUCCCAAGCAAUUAUUUGAAGGAUCACAGUCAAAACAGCAUAAACUUUAAGCCAAGUUGCAAUGCUAAUUUGUGCAAUAACCAUCUUCACUACUGUAUUGUUAAAAGAUAACUGAAUAAUCUGCCUAUCGGUGCACAAAAUUGCAACUCCUUGGGAAUGAAGUCCAUGAAAACACAUGUUCCUUGGUUGAAAAUUAGACCCAUACAGGUGGUGAUUAUCCUAAAAUACUAUAUAUAACUUCUGUAUGACUGUAUAUAACCUCUUAGACAAUAUUGUGAGUGCCCAACUCACAUUAAAUACCAUCAUUUUUAAAGCAGUGUCCUUUGUCACCCGCCCCCAUACACCUAUAGGGUGCCCUAUCAAUACCCUAAUCCCUACUGUUCUAAAAACUCCUUGAAAAGGAAUUGUAUCUGAGAUAGAACACUUAUUAUUAUUAUUAUUAUUAUAAUUUAUGGAUGAAAUGUUUGGAAUUGGUCACCAACAUAGAGUCCCUUAACAAGAGCCAGCAACAAUCUGCUGUCUUGUUCUAGGAUCUUUCUAAAACCAGACAACUCUCACGGAUGAAUAAUCUGAAAAGGUUUCUUCAAGAAUACAUUUAUAAGAGGCAGACAAUAAAUGUGAAAAACCCAAGUGUUCUUCCAAUGCAAAUCUCAGUUAUGUACAAACACUGAAGCCAAUAGGGCUGAAAUGUGCCUAAGUUGUACUGAAUUUUGGUUAAUGUCUGCAAAACAUACCCAAACAUACUAAUAGGGAAAUGAAUACAAAUGAUCAAGCUGGGGAAAUCUGAGAGAUAUAUGGAGUUAAAAUGAAGAUCCCGCUGACUUUGGGUCAUGUAUAGUUAUAUUGUACAUAUGAGCUGAAAACACAAUGUGCAGUGCUUUACUGAAAUUGUUUACAAUGUUAAGUUGAAAUGUAUAAAUUUGUUAACCAGGCCACUUGUAUUUUUUUUCUUCCUGAAAGCUGCUAAGUUGUGCUCAAGUAACAUGAAAUGUACACUUGUAGUAAAGCAAGCACCUUGCCACAUGUUCAUAUGUAUACUUUAGUAAAGCCUGUAACAAAAACUCCUUCCCACUUUCAGCACCCGUGAGUGCAGGGGGAGAUAGCUGGAGGGUGAAAAUAAGCCCCACCCCCAAGACCUGCUGAAGCUGCCCACCCUGGCUGUAAAGACUGCCCCAUAAGAAUAUGGAUCUGUAUUCCAUAUGAUUCUUGUACUGCAGAGUUAAUGCGAGUUCAGCAUUAUUUUCACAGAAGUGUAGUUCAUUUUAUUUUUUGGAUGCUCAAAGUAAAUAAUCAUAGCUGCAAAUAAUUUGAAAGCACUGAGGUCAACCUAGUUAAUGAAGGGUUGCCAAGGUAGCAGUAUGUUUGUCAAAAGGGAAGUCUUUGAUCGGAUGUGUUAGAAUUAACUUUCAGCUUUAAAUUGGAAGCAUCCUAAAAAAUGGAAAUGGGAUAGAUUUGUUUAAAUCCAUCAAGAACAGCAAGAUGUUACAUGUUGAUUUUAGUCAAGCUAAAGUUAAUUGCUAAAAACAACCACCAAAUUUUGAAUUCUGUUCUUACAAGAAGUAAAAAUGGUUUUCAGUUUUGUAGAUAAGAGAUCAAUAACAGUCAUUGACUUUUGAAAGUACUUGAUUUUUAACUGCAAUUAUUCUAUGUUCAAGUAGCCACUUUAGUUCCCCAAAUACAUUUUUAUUCAUAAAGCACCAUUCGAAUGUAGAACAGAAAAUAAACCAUGUGUUAUGCUACUUUUUAACAGCAAUCUUUCCCCAGAAGUGCAUAACAUGUUUCCAUUAAAUGAUUCCUGAUCUCUUUUUUAUUUAAACCUGUUACAGAAUUGUGGUCCAUUAUGAAACUGUUUAACAUGUAAAGCUUUCUUGGCAUUUUCAAAUUGUAAAAAUAAAAUAUUGAAACAAACAUA